UGUCACUUCCUGCUGUCUCACUAGGAAACGUUCCCCUUCCGACCUGUUGCGGGAACCUUUGUUUCUCGCUUCUUAAGCUGGUGAGGGCGGGGACGGAUUCGAAGAGAGCUACCGGGAGCGGACCGAGUUGCGGGGCGGAGCGACCGUUGAUGUGUGGCUCCACUAUCUGGGCCUGCUGUUUAAGCUCCUCAGGGCAGCAAGAGUUAUCAGACCCGAGGGAUCCAUGCUGUAGGCGUUUGCAAUGGCUGCUACUGUGAACUUGGAACUGGAUCCCAUUUUUCUGAAAGCACUAGGUUUCUUACACUCAAAGAGUAAAGAUUCUGCCGAAAAGCUAAAAGCAUUGCUUGAUGAGUCUUUGGCUCGGGGCAUUGAUUCCAGUUACCGUCCAACUCAAAAGGAUGUGGAAUCACCCAAAAUUUCAAGUGCAAAAUCACUUUCUAUUAAGCAAGAGCCCAAAUCCUCAUCUGGCCUCCCUCCCGGCAGCAGCAAUGGCAAAGUGCUCACGGCCGAGAAGAUAAAGAAGGAAGCCGAGAAGAGGCCUGCUGAUAAAAUGAAAGAUGUCACUGAAGGAAUUGAUGUUCCAAAGAAACCUAGAUUGGAGAAGCCAGAGACACGAUCGUCUCCCAUUACCGUCCAAACCAGCAAGGAUUUAGCGCUGGCUGAUCUCUCCAGCUUUGAGGAGACGAGUGCUGACGACUUUGCCAUGGAGAUGGGGUUGGCCUGUGUUGUUUGUAGACAAAUGACAGUGGCAUCUGGAAACCAAUUGGUAGAAUGUCAAGAGUGCCAUAACCUUUACCACCAAGACUGCCAUAAGCCCCAAGUGACAGACAAAGAAGUCAACGACCCUCGCCUGGUGUGGUACUGUGCCCGAUGCACCAGACAAAUGAAGAGAAUGGCUCAGAAAACUCAGAAGCCACCACAGAAACCAGCACCCACUGUUGUUUCUGUGGCUCCAACUGUCAAGGAUCCAUUAGUUAAGAAGCCAGAAACCAAACUUAAACAAGAGACAACCUUCCUCGCAUUCAAGAGAACUGAAGUUAAGCCAUCCACGGUUAUUUCAGGAAAUUCUUCUAGUAACAACGUGUCCUCUUCAGUAACUAGUGGCCUAACCGGAUGGGCAGCUUUUGCAGCCAAAACAUCUUCAGCUGGUCCAUCAACAGCAAAAUUGAAUUCAUCAGCACAAAACAGUAGUGGAAAGCCUGCUGCCUCGUCUGCUAACCAGAAGCCUGUGGGUUUGACUGGUCUGGCAACAUCAUCCAAAGGUGGAAUAGGUUCCAAAAUAGGUUCUGGUAACAGCACUAGCCCUUCUGUCCCGUUGAAACCACUUCCGCCUCUCACCUUAGGCAAGACUGGCCUGAGUCGCUCAGUUAGUUGUGAUAACGUCAGCAAAGUGGGUCUUCCUAGUCCUAGUAGCUUAGUUCCUGGAGGCAGCAGCCAGCUGAGUGGGAAUGGAAAUAGUGCUGCAUCGGGGCCCAGUGGGAGUACCCCCAGCAAAGCCACGUCCGAGACCAGCAGCAGUCCCUCAGCAUCUCUUAAAGGCCCAACCUCCCAGGAGUCACAGCUCAACGCCAUGAAGCGCUUACAGAUGGUCAAGAAGAAAGCUGCCCAAAAGAAACUCAAGAAGUAAUAUGGCCACAUAGGCUUUUAUAUCAUAUUACUUUAAAAAAAUUAAAAAAAAAAAAACCUUACUGGGACAAAAGAUGUAACAUACUGUAACUUAAUAAAAAUCUUGAUCAAAUUUCUAUUGUUUAUUACAUUAAAGUGCUAAUGUUUUUAGCCAAA